AUGGCAUUUUCCGGUGACUUCCCUAGGCUAAUCAUAUCUGCUUUUAUCUUUACUCUACUAAUCACCACAAUUAAUGGUGUUGAUAUUUUCCUGGAGUGGCAUGUCGCAAUCGACACAUCUGUUAGUCCAUUUCCUGUAGAGCAGCCUGUCAUUACCAUCAAUGGGAUGUUUCCAGGACCCCUCAUCAAUGCCACAACCAAUGACAAUAUUCAUGUCAAUGUGCUUAACAAUCUGGAUGAGCCACUACUAUUUACAUGGAAUGGGAUACAGCAAAGACUGAACUCAUGGCAGGAUGGAGUCUCAGGAACAAACUGUCCAAUCCAACCUGGUAAGAACUGGACUUAUGAGUUUCAGGUCAAGGACCAGAUUGGGACUUUCAUUUACUUCCCCUCUAUUAACUUCCUGAAAGCUGGAGGAGGAUUUGGUCCAAUUCGAGUUAAUAAUCGUGAAGUGAUCAAAGUUCCAUUCCCCAAACCUGAGUCUGAAUUUGAUCUUCUCAUUGGUGAUUGGUAUCAGAAAAGUUACAAGGAAGUCAGGUCCAUGCUGAAAAACAGUUCUGUGGCCUAUGAUGGCUCUCCUGAUAAGAUCCUGAUAAAUGGGAAGGGCUCUUAUUUCGACAAUGAUUCAAAAGCCUUUGAAUCCUUUACCGUAACAAAAGGAAAGACUUAUAGAUUCAGGAUAUCAAAUGUUGGAACUGCCUGGAGUUUCAACUUUAGGAUUCAAAAUCAUCAGAUGGUAGUGGUGGAAACAGAAGGAUCAUAUGUCGAUCAGAUCACACUGGAUUCUCUUGAUGUACAUGUAGGCCAGUCUUAUUCUGUACUUGUCACAGCUGAUCAAGGUGAAAAGGAUUAUUGCAUUGUGGCAGCUCCCAAAAUGAUCAAUGCCACCGAGUUCAGUCUUUUUGGUGUAGGAGUGCUGCACUAUGACAACUCCAUCAUUCCAGUUAGAGGACUUCCACCGGGGCCUGAUCCAUUUGAUAUCCAAUUCUCUAUUGAUCAAGCUAAAUCCAUCAGGUGGAACUUGACCACUGGCGCUGCUAGGCCUAACCCACAAGGAACCUUCAAUGUUUCAAACGUGACAUUGUCACAAGCCUUCAUUGUCCAAGGAUCAGCUGCUGAGAUCAAUGGAACACCUCACUACACAGUCAACAAUGUAUCCUACCUUACACCGGAUACUCCACUAAAACUUGCUGAUGCCUUCGCCAAUGGGGGCAGCGGGGUUUUUGAACUGGACAAAUUCCCCACAAACUCUUCAAACCUUGAAGCUGUCGGUGGAGUUUUUGUAGCAACUGGGAUCCACAAAGGGUGGAUAGAGCUUGUGCUCAAGAAUGACUUGGAAGUCAUAGAUUCUUGGCAUUUGGAUGGAUUUGGAUUCUUUGUAGUUGGGUUUGGCGAUGGAGAAUGGACGCCUAGCUCUCGCUCUUCUUAUAAUACUUAUGAUCCUGUUGUACGUUCCACGACUCAGGUGUACCCUGGAAGAUGGACUGCAGUUUAUGCAUACCUAGACAACCCUGGAAUGUGGAACUUGAGAUCACAACUCUUGAAAAACUGGUACUUGGGUCAAGAGCUCUAUGUGAGAGUUUAUGAUCCUGAUCCUGACCCUGCCAAGGAAAAGAAACCCCCUGAAAAUCUCCUCCUUUGUGGUUAGUGGCAUGAAUUUCUAGUUAUUUCUUGACCUUUGUUAUUUCUUCUGAUUAAUAUUUAUGCAACUGUUAAACAUGUGUUUUGAUUAUUUACAGGAAUCUUUGGCUCUCCACCUC